GGGUCUUGAACUUUUUUGGCUACCACACUAACUCCGCCAGUUGGAAAUACCCCGAUCCUUCAAACCUAAAUGGAUUUGUAUUAAACCCAUCUUUUUUGCAGUCUCCUUGCUGCUUCUGUAAGCGUCUCUCUUGAUUCCCUGAGUGUUGAAACUGUCGUUCAGUCAAAGGUUCUCAUUCUCCUAGGACUUGCAACUUGCAAGGAUACAAAAAAAAAAAAGCUGUUGGGCAUGCAGUUUGUCAUCUGGCGUUAGUUUCUUGGACUAGUUUGUGGUUUUUUUUUUUCUCUUUUUGUUUAUGUCAAUUUGUGAAACAAGUUCAAUUCUUUUAUAAAGAUGUUUUAUCUGUUGCAGGAAGGUAGAAGGAUCCUUCUAUUAAGUUCUUGAACAGUAUGUGUUGUUCUCUUUUUGUUUGUUCGUUUGGUUCCUCGUUAGAUCAUUUUGUUGGUGAUUUUGGUGUUUGGAUAUUCCUUCCGCUUGAUCAAAUCCAGAGCAGAAAAACCUUUGUUUUGGCGUACUUCUUAUUUCAUGUCUUGAACUUUGUUGUCUAAUUAAUACUUGGUAGCUUAGAAAUGCUCCUUAUCAGAUUACUAUUUACUUUUUUUCUGUUAGUUUGAUGACUAUAAUAGGGGAUUGGAAAUCUGAAGGCGUUAUCGAUGUUCAAGAGAGAGGAGAGAGAAACUCUGGAAGAAACAGAAAAUAAGGAAGAGAGCGAGGGCUUGGGAAAAUAUAGCCAUUGCAUGGGCCUGGAUGGGGAUGGUGGACUUGAGAUGGAUUCUGGUGAAGGCUCUGCUACUCUGCCAGCAGAAAAGAUCAGGAUUGGCGAGACUAAUCAUGAACCUGACCAGAACUCACUCGUAAUUUCUCCAACAGGGAUUGAUGGCUCAUUGGGUCUAGAACCUCAGGAUGCAGAUUACUCUGAAAUGUCCUCACUUGAUUAUGAAUUAGAAAACCUGAUCUUGGCUGGGCUUUCCAGGUCAGAAUAUGGGAAGCUAUGCUUUGUGAACCGAAGGUAUUUGGCUCUUGUGAAGAGUGGCGAGCUAUUUAAGAUUAGGAGAGAGAUUGGAAUCAAGGAGUCAUCUGUCUACAUGUUCGGGAUAGGAGAGGAUAAUUGGUUGGCAUUUGACAGGGAGUUUAAGACUAGGAGAAAGUUGCCUAUUUUACAGACAGAUAUUUGUUUUGUGAGUGGAGAUAGGGAGUCAUUUUGUGCAGGAGCUCAUCUGCUUGUUUCGGGCAAUGAGUGCAAUGGCCUCGUCGUUUGGAGGUAUGAGUUAGCGAUGAAUAGAUGGUACAAGGGUCCUUCCAUGAUCACCCCAAGGUGCUUGUUUGCUUCAGCCACUUGUGGCAGCUUUGCCUUUGUUGCCGGUGGAGUUGGAAAAGAGCCAAACGGCCAAGUCUAUGAUACUGCUGAAAGAUAUAAUUCAGAGAGUAAAUCUUGGGAGCCCCUUCCGAAGAUGAAGAAGAGGAGGAAGCUUUGCGCGGGCUGUUACAUGGACAACAAAUUUUACGUGAUUGGAGGGCGAAAUGAGGAGGGAGAGCUCACCUGUGGAGAAUUCUUCGACGAGGCCACGAACAGAUGGGAACCCAUCAGCGACAUGCUAAAAGACGAUCCAGUUUUAAACUGUCAUUCCCCGCCUCUUGUUGCUGUCGUCAACAAUCAGCUCUACUCGCUUGAAGCUUCUUCCAACCAGCUGAAGGUCUAUUUAAAGAGCAGCAAUACAUGGAAGCAUCUGGGUCCUGUCCCAGUAAGAGCUGAUUUCAACAAUGGCUGGGGUGUUGCAUUCAAGUCUCUGGGCGAUGAGCUGCUCGUAAUCGGUGCCUCCUCUGAUGCUGCUAACUGUAUGGCUAUCCACACCUGCUGCCCACGUCCUGAUGCGGACCAACUGCACUGGAGGCAGGUUUACAUGAACAGAGAUCAGUUCAGCCAGUUCAUUCUCAACUGUUCUGUUAUGGUAGCUUGAGGAUUAGUGUAUUGAAUAACGGCUAAACUGAUUGCUGCACAUGUAGAAGAAGGUCCCAAUGUACUACUUACUAUCAUCCAAAUCAUAUGAUUAUAUUUGGGUGGGUAUCAUGUCAUAAUCCUUGGCUCACAUUUAGUUGUGGCAAGUUUCCAUUAUCUGCCUAA